UUACCCAUUAGCCAAUUUGGGAUAUAAUAUAAUAUAAACUUUUAAUCAAGGCUAAAAUUGCUAGAAGCUUGUAGAGGUUAUUUUCUCUGGGAAUAAUAAAAAUAAUCAUAUAGCCGCUAGCAGAGUUGUACCUAAUGAACUUUGUAUAUAUAUAUAUUGGGUGGUUGCCAUAUGGUUGAUGCAUAUCCAAGUGAUAAUGGCAGAAGAGGUGAAGCUGAUAACCUCAGGGCCAAGUCCUUUUGGUUUAAGAGUAAGCUGGGCACUGAAGCUGAAGGGCAUCCAAUACGAGUCAAUUGAAGAAAAUCUCUCCAAAAAGAGUCCUUUACUUCUCCAACACAAUCCAAUUUACAAGAAAAUACCAGUGCUGCUGCAUAAUGGAAGACCAGUUGUAGAAUCUCUAAUCAUCCUUCAAUACAUUGAAGAAACUUGGAAGCAAAAUCCUUUAUUACCAGCUCAUCCUUAUGAGAAAGCCAUGUCAUUGUUCUGGGCAAAAUUUGUUGAUGACAAGGUUCUGCCAUCAAUAUGGUGUAUUUUUAUGAAGAAAGGUAAAGAGCAAGAGGAAGCUAAAGCUGAGGCUUGGGGGAACUUGAAAUACUUGGAAGAAGAGGUGAGAGGAAAGAAAUUCUUUGGUGGGGAAAAUAUAGGAAUAGUGGAUAUUUCAUUUGGUUGGGUUGUUAAUAGCCUGAGUGUAGUGGAAGAGCUUGUUGGAUUUGAAGUGAUUGAUGGAGAGAAGUUUCCAUUGUUGAUUAAAUGGAUGAAAGCUUUCUCAGAGUCUCCUGUGAUCAAGGAAAACUUGCAACCUAGAGAUUUGCUGCUCUCCAUAUAUGGUGCUUAUCUUCAAGCUCCAACUACUUAUAAUUGAUUUAGGGAUAAGCAUUUUCCGAAAUGUAUGUAAAACUCUUAUUAUAGCUAUAAGACGAUUGCAAUACGAAUCCUUUUUCUGUUAAA